GGAUUCAGAAACAAGAACACGUGAGUAAGCAAAACUGAAAAGGCUCAUUUGUUUCAUCAUUGUCCACUCUCCACUUCAGUGGUGUCAUUUAACAAACACAACACUAUAUAAGAGGGAGUUUUGUGAACUGCUUUGUCAUUUGGCUUUGAAGCAGGAAGCUGGCCUGAGCAAUCAUGGUUUUUUACUCAUUCUACACACUCACAGUAGUAGCUGCUUUGCUAGUCACUUGCCAUGCACUGUGCAAGUGUCCAGAAAGUUCUGGGCUACUUAAGAUCUUUGGAAUGGCUGGAAAGGGUGGUCUGAAAGAACAGCCACAACUGUCAGUUCUACCUUGUUCUGUGGACAACAAAAUGCGUAAUGUUUUCGGAAAUUUGGAGCAUCGAAUUUCCAGGCUUGAAGGCGUGCUUGCUUUGAAUGGAAAAAUAAAAGAAGUAGGAGAGAAACUAUUUUCCAGCAAUGGGAAGGAAGUUAAUUUUGCAUCUGCACUAGAGUCCUGUGAGAAGGCAGGAGGAACUCUUGCAACUCCCGCAAAUGAGGAGGAAAAUGAAGCUGUUCUGGGUUUUGUGAAACACUAUAACCGAUACGCUUACCUGGGCAUUAAAGAGAGUGAGAAUGUAGGUCAGUUUAAGAGUAUAAAUGAUACACCUCUGAAUUAUACCAACUGGCACAAAUACGAGCCUAGUGGCAAAGGGACAGAGAGGUGUGUAGAGAUGUACACCGAUGGGACCUGGAAUGACAAAAAAUGCAACGCGAAUCGCCUCACAAUCUGUGAAUUUUAAAGAGUGAACUUUCAGCCACCUCAGAGUAUGGAGACAAUGAAAUAUCCUGUGUCUCAGGUUUAUGCAAUUUCUGCAAUUAUUCUAGAUUAGAAAAUCUAAAAUUAAUCAUAUUAUAGUACUUUUUCUCCUUAAGAAAAAGUCAAAUGUGGUAGGUGAUUAACCUGAUUAAAAUGUGCCUAAUCUGAUGCAUUUGUCUCUCUUGGAGGGUUGGGAAUAGCUCAGAAUUUAAUUUUCAUGGCAGACUAUCUCUGUGCACUGUGCCUUUGUGAAGAUUAAAGCAAAAAUCCAAGGUUUGACCUAAAGUAUUGGAAAAGCUUGAAGUCAAAAUUGCCCAUGGCUUCAGAGUAGAAGCAUUUCCAAGUGUUUAAUAGUUUCUGCCUUAGAAAGAGAUGUAUAGAGGCCGAUUCCACUGGAAU